GAACUGUUCUACUGACUGGCUUUGUUUUAUCGGUUUGUAGUUUUUAUUUUUCAUUUUGAGAGAGGUGAUAGAUCAUGCAUUUCUAUUCCUACUUCAUGAAUCUUGUGCUUUCUAUCAGACAAUAGAAGCUUAGCUGGCCUUGACAAGCUUUUUAAAUACACUUGAGGAACUUACUCUGGGUUUCAUUUUCUUGCUGUUGGGGAGUUUCUGGAUCGUAUUGUAGUUGAAGUGCUCUUCAGGGAGUGAAGGAAUGGAUACCAGUGAAAUCAAAGCAGCUCCAGACACACCGGUCACAUUUGUUGGAAAUUCUGAGUCAACUAGUUCCAAGAAACUUGGAAUCUACUUCAUAGAGUCUGAUAAUAGGCGAAUGGCUUUUGGACGUGGUUAUACGGGAGGAACUACACCGGUAAACAUACAUGGGAAACCUAUUGCAGAUCUCUCGAAAACAGGCGGUUGGGCAGCUACCUUGUUCAUUUUUGGGAAUGAAAUGGCUGAGAGGAUGGCUUAUUUUGGUCUCUCAGUUAACAUGGUGGCUUUUAUGUUCUAUGUCAUGCAUAGGCCCUUCGCCAGUUCCUCAAAUGCAGUAAACAAUUUCCUUGGGAUAUCACAAGCAUCAUCCGUACUUGGUGGGUUUCUUGCCGAUGCGUAUCUUGGUCGUUAUUGGACAAUUGCCAUAUUCACAACAAUCUAUCUUGCAGGUUUAACAGGUAUAACCUUAUCUGCCUCGAUGAAUAUUUUCAUGCCAAACCAGGAUCAGUGUGAUCAGUUAUCCUUGCUUCUGGGUAAUUGCGAGCCUGCAAAACCAUGGCAGAUGCUCUAUCUCUACAUAGUUCUUUAUGUGACUGGCUUUGGAGCUGCAGGUAUAAGGCCCUGUGUGUCUUCUUUUGGGGCUGAUCAGUUUGAUGAAAGAAGUAAAAAUUACAAAUCUCACCUAGACAGGUUUUUCAACUUCUUUUAUCUUUCUAUAACUGUUGGGGCAAUAGUGGCCUUCACGUUAGUAGUCUACAUUCAAAUGGAACAUGGAUGGGGAUCUGCGUUCGGUUCAUUGGCGAUAGCUAUGGGCAUAUCAAAUAUGCUAUUCUUUAUUGGCACUCCCUUGUACAGACACAGAUUGCCUGGAGGCAGUCCCCUAACGAGGGUUGCCCAAGUUCUGGUUGCUGCCUUCCGGAAAAGAAAAGCCAGUUUUUCCAGCAGCGAGCUAAUAGGCCUCUAUGAGGUUCCAGGCAAACGUUCUGCUAUAAAGGGUAGUGGAAAGAUAGCUCAUACUGAUGAUUUCAGAUGUUUGGACAAGGCAGCUCUGCAAUUGAAGGAAGAUGGUGCCGAUCCAAGUCCUUGGAAGCUUUGCACUGUGACCCAAGUAGAAGAAGUGAAGAUACUACUGAAACUUAUUCCAGUUACAGCCUGCACCAUAAUGCUCAAUCUAGUUUUAACCGAGUAUCUAACUCUGUCCGUACAACAGGCAUAUACUAUGAACACGCAAAUGGGUCAUCUUAAACUGCCUGUAACUUGCAUGCCUGUGUUUCCUGGGCUCAGCAUUUUCCUCAUACUGUCUCUCUAUUACUCGAUAUUCGUUCCAAUAUCCCGACGCAUUACUGGCCAUCCUCAUGGUGCUUCUCAGCUUCAAAGGGUAGGCAUUGGCCUGGCCGUUUCAAUUGUGUCUGUGGCAUGGGCAGGGUUUUUUGAGAGGUAUCGGAGAAACUAUGCAGUUCAACAUGGCUAUGAAGUCGGUUUCUUGACACCCAUGCAAGACCUGAGCGCAUACUGGCUGUUGAUCCAAUACUGCCUCAUUGGAAUAGCUGAAGUGUUUUGCAUCGUGGGGUUACUUGAAUUCCUCUAUGAAGAAGCUCCUGACGCCAUGAAAAGUAUAGGAUCUUCCUAUGCUGCUCUAGCUGGAGGUUUAGGAUGCUUCGCAGCAAGCAUCUUGAACAGCAUUAUCAAAUCAGUGACAGGGAAUCCAGACAAAAGGCAGCCAUCAUGGUUAUCCCAGAAUAUAAAUACUGGUAGAUUUGAUUAUUUUUAUUGGCUGCUCACAGUUCUGAGCGUGAUAAAUUUCUGUGCUUUUCUAUACUCAUCACAUAGGUAUAAGUACAGGGCAGUGCCAAAGUUUGAAUUUGAAACAGGGGAACAAGUUGUAACCAGUAAAAACAACACCCCAACGCUUGCAUAGGCAAAUAUGAAUUUGGAAUCCUAGUGCAUUUUUUACAUUUAUGAUAUUUCCCUUUCACUUUCAGCUCCUAAA